AUGACCUCCAGAAACCACCACACCUUACCACGAGUUCUGAUGGCACCUCGAAUGUUUACUGAAGGAGAACUUGGGGGCAUCGCCCAAAUCACCCCCUCUCUGUACCUGAGCAGGGGCAGCGUGGCCUCGAACCGACAACUGCUUCUGUCCCGGGGCAUCACCUGCAUAAUCAAUGCCACCAUUGAGAUCCCCAACUUUAAUUGGCCCCAAUUUGAAUAUGUCAAAGUGCCUCUGGCUGACGUGCCCAACGCCCCCAUCUCCCUAUACUUUGACAGCGUGGCUGAUAAGAUACAAAGCGUCACGCGGAAGCACGGGGCCACCUUAGUCCAUUGUGCAGCUGGUGUGAGCAGAUCGGCCACCCUGUGCAUCGCUUAUCUGAUGAAGUACCACAAAGUGUCUCUGUAUGAGGCUUACAACUGGGUCAAGUCAAGACGCCCCGUCAUCCGCCCAAACGUGGGUUUCUGGAGGCAGCUGAUAGACUACGAGCGGAAGCUGUUUGGGAAGACGACGGUUAAAAUGGUACAGACGCCGUAUGGUGUACUCCCAGACGUUUAUGAGAGAGAGGGGAGACACCUCAUGCCUUACUGGGGGAUUUAA